AUGUCCACCAGCAAAAUCUUCCCCUGGUCCUCCAUCAAGCCGAAACUCCUCACCUCCGAGGGUCGUUUCAUCUACGACGACAGCAUCUACGCCGACGUCGCCUGUGACAUCCUCACCGAAGCCGCCAAACGCAACCCCCUCCAAGAAAUGCUCGAUGACUCCUUGCGGGCUCUCAAAGACGCCAGAAAGCUCAGGGAGAGUGGUGGGGGUGGUAACGAUGCUAAGUUGCAGUUUGCCUUCUUUUUCAUCUUGACUGGUAUGGUGACUGUCCAGCUUAGAGCGCAGGAAAGAGAGGUCAUUUCUGAGAAGAUGAAGGGGAGCAAGAGCCCUGGGUGUGAGAGCACGGAUAGUGGGUUGAGUGAUGGUAGUGGGCAGAGUGGUAAUUUUGGUACGUGGGAUGUGGUUUGA